AAAGUCUUGGCAACACUGUUGAUACCGCAGUGACGCUUGUGACGAAUGUGUUUGCAGUUGCUCGUUUACUUGUUCUCGUUCACUUUUGCUUUGCGCCUGUCUGGUUUGCCUGCAAGCGCAAAGUUGUGAGUGAAAGCGGGCGUUGAAAUGUGAAAUCGCCGUUACCGCUAUCAUUGUGGAGCUACACAUUCUGAGCAAAGUUCGUUCACUGUCAACUUCUGCGACCCACCCUUACCUCAGAUGAUUAUCUUUUUAAAAAGGAUGUGAAAGGCACAGCCAGCGGGUGCCACCUGGAGCAUGGCUCCUGGCGGCUGAGCCAUGCUGCUGAAAAGCCUGAGUGCCGUGUCUCCCUGGUGCCAUGCCAGCCAGAUUAGCAUCCGACGUUGCAUGCUCGGGGCACUGGUCCUGGGCUUCAGCUCUCUACUCUUGUCUGUCUACUUCAUCAACCAUAACUCGCUCCGGGGUUUUCUGCGGUCACCUCCGCCACCACGCCCCACCUUCCAGUGUCGCUCGCAGCUUGAUGGCGGUGGGCCUCACGAACAGAGUGCUGCCAAUGUACAUGCAUCCAGUGCACAGCUCCGCCUUGACCCUCGCGUUCUGGUGUUCGUUGAAACUCAGUUCUCGAAGCUGGGCAAACAGAUCUGUGAGAUUCUCGAGGGAAGCCGCUUCCGCUUCAAGGUGGAGACGACGGGCAAGACGCUGCCGGUGCUCACAAACCUGGACAAGGGCAAGUUUGCUGUGAUCGUCUUUGAGAACUUCGAAAAGUACCUUGCCAUGCACAAGUGGAAUAGGGAGCUCAUUGACAAAUACUGCCGGGAGUACAGCGUUGGCAUCAUUGGCUUCAUUCGACCACGCGAGGACACCUAUACAGGUGCUCAGCUUUCUGGUCUUCCUCUGUACAUGCACACAAAUAUGGCCCUGAAAGACUACCAGCUGAACCCUCUGUCAUCCAUAUUGAGAAUCGCCCGGGCUGGAGAAACAUUUUCAGGCAACUUACCUGGUGAAGAUUGGACAGUGUUUCAGCCGAACCAUUCUACUUUUGUUCCCUUGGCACAAGCUAGGUCACAGCAUGAUGAUAUUGCUGAUGGCAAUGGGCCACACACUACUGUUGUACAGGAUAUAGGGAAAUUCGAUGGCAUACAGAGGGUUAUUUUUGGAAAUGGCUUUGGCUUCUGGUUACACAAAUUGCUAUUCUUGGAUUCAAUUUCCUUCCUUUCACAUGGCAAGCUGAGUCUGCCUUUACAGCGUUAUCUCCUCAUAGACAUUGAUGACAUCUUCGUGGCUGAGCGGGGCAGCCGCAUGAUGACUCACGAUGUGCAGGCACUACUCGAUGCACAGCAACAGUUCCGAAAAUUAAUUCAUGGCUUCCGUUUCAAUCUGGGCUUUUCUGGCAAAUUUUACCAUCGUGGUUCACAUGAAGAAAAUAAAGGAGAUGACAUGCUACUCUCUCAUGCCCAUGAAUUUUGGUGGUUUUGUCACAUGUGGAGCCAUAGUCAGCCUCAUCUUUAUGAUAAUGUGACACUACUAGAGACGGAAAUGAGGCUAAAUCGUGAAUUUGCUAAGAAGCACCGUAUCCAGACAGACUCUGGCUAUUCAGUAGCACCUCACCAUUCUGGUGUGUACCCUGUUCAUGAGCCCUUGUAUGAUGCCUGGAAAAAAGUUUGGAACAUACGUGUAACCAGCACUGAAGAGUACCCACACCUUAGGCCAGCUAGACUGCGGCGGGGUUUCGUCCACCGUAACAUAAUGGUACUGCCAAGACAGACAUGUGGCCUUUAUACUCAUACAAUCUUCCUUGAGCGAUAUCCGGGUGGCAGAGAAAAAUUGGACAGAAGCAUUCAUGGUGGUGAUCUUUUCUACUUGUUUGUUUACAAUCCGAUCAACAUCUUUAUGACCCACCUGUCAAACUAUGGAAAUGACCGUCUCUCUUUGUACACCUUUGAAUCUGUCUUAAAGUUCAUAAAAUGCUGGACUAACUUGAAGUUGAGCACUAUUCCACCUCUUCAGUUGGCAGAGAAGUAUUUCCAGAUGUACCCUGACGAGACAGACCCUAUCUGGAUGAAUCCUUGUGAAGACAAACGCCAUCUGUCAAUCUGGUCAUCGAGCAAGUCAUGUGAACAACUGCCAAAAUUUCUAGUCAUUGGUCCUCAGAAAACUGGCACAACUGCACUGUAUAGUUUCCUGACCUUGCAUCCAACAAUAGCAAGCAAUCACCCCAGCCCAGACACAUUUGAGGAAGUACAGUUCUUCAAUGGGAAAAACUACUACAGGGGUCUUGACUGGUACCAAAGCUUCUUCCCAGCACCUAGAAAUGGAAGCGCACCCUUUCUUUUUGAGAAGAGUGCAAACUACUUUGAUGGUGAGCUGGUACCACAGCGUGCCCAUGCUCUCCUGCCUCGUGCCAAGCUGGUUACCAUCCUCAUCAGCCCCACAAAACGGGCUUAUUCCUGGUAUCAGCAUCAGCGGUCCCACGGUGACGCAGUCGCCCUCAACUUUACCUUCUAUGAUGUUAUCACAGCCAAUGACCACUCACCCAAGCCUCUACGGGAGUUACGUAAUCGGUGUCUCAACCCUGGUCUUUAUGCACAGCACCUAGAACGUUGGCUCAGUUUCUACCCACCACAACAGCUUAUGAUUAUUGAUGGAGAAGAACUAAAGUCUGAUCCAGUGCGUGUUAUGAACAAGCUCCAAACAUUCCUUGCCAUCGCCCCAUUCUUCGAUUACAGCGGAUCACUGAGGUUCGACCCCCAUAAAGGCUUCUUCUGCAAGGUGCUUUCCCAGAACAACCGCACCAAGUGCUUGGGGCAAGGCAAAGGGCGCCUCUAUCCACCCAUGGAUAUAAGGGCUGAGAAGUUCCUCAAGGCUUAUUACCUGUCACACAAUGUGGCCCUCUCCAAGCUAUUCAACAACCUCAGGCAACCUCAGCCCCAUUGGCUCAAGGAAGACCUUUCACGGGGAUGAGUCUGCUUGUUUCUUUUGUUUAUCUUUUGUGCCCCUGUUAAAGGGCAUCAGAACGUCAGGCUCUUCCUGUGGUGUAGCGAUAUGUCAUGGAACACUGUGCCACGGUACUUGUGCUCGCAAGCUUGACUGCCUUGUGGAAAUCCAUAGAAAUGAGGCACAUAGUCUAUUGUGCUCUAUGUCAUCUUGACACUUGCAAGGAACAUUCAUGACACUGUGUAAACUACAAUUCUCUAUGGAAAUUUCUUCAUGAAAUAGACCAGGUUCGUACUCUUUGGCCAUUUGCCACUUGGUCUUUCUUUUUGAAAUGAAAAGAAAGAGCACAUAAUUUUUCAGUAUUUUUGGAAGGGAUCAAGAAAAAUGUGAAGGAAUGACUUCCUUAAUGAUACAGCAUUGGUGUGAGGCUGAGGAGCAGGUGCUAAAAUCGGUUGGCACUUAGGCCUGCAUCUCCUUGUUUUGUUCUUUUAGUGUUAGUUUUAGGUUUGAGUUGAGCUUUACAGAUGUUGAUCUUUAUGCCAAGCUAGAUUCACAUAUAAGUUAAAAAAAAGCUUGGUGCUUAGAGUUCUUUUUAACAACUAUUAAUUUUAUUUGAAUCAAUUGUUCAAAUCCUCAUGUCCCUGCAUUUUACAAGGUUUCGUAUAGGUCUCAUGUUCAAGAAAUGUAUUUGUGGGCUUGCCAUAGGAGCAGGGGUGUCCACUUUAGCCUAACUGUAUGUGGUGCACUCGCGCCUCUCAUGAAAGGAACUGCUGAUGCUCCUUGCCAAAGGCCUUGUGACCAGCAGCGCCUGGUGAAACAUUGAUGUUGUUUGUACCUCUGUGCUGUGUGCUCCAUUUGUAAAAGCUGUGCCGGCUAGGGUAACUGAUUGCUGCUGAUAAUUUUUGGGCUCGUGCCAUGUGUCCUGAAGUGUGUUAUUCUCCUUGCAGACAUUUUACAUACAUAGUGGGGAAACACCUUUGCUCACUGUGUGUUCAUCUUCUGGCAUUGUUAAUCUGUUUAGUAGGCUUGGCAAUGCAGAUCACUUUUAGUAGUUCAAUGGUGUUGUCUCCCUGUUGCUUUUUUCUAUCUUUUACUGCCGUUGUACAUUUAUGCUAAGUUUAUAAAGCUGUGUUGGUCUUUUAGCAUCAGACUGAGUUAAAUAAUGUGGAAAUGUGGAACUGACGCAGAAGCUGUGACUUCUGUCUUCAUUAGUAAGUAACUUCAUUGACGUUGUAAUAACCUGAAAGCAGUGCUAAGCAGCCCAUUUACUUUCGUAACACACUAUGGGCAUAUUCCAAUUGCCAUUUCUUUUAUCUGUGCGUAUGUAGAAAAAAUAUGUACAUAAAAAAGAUGCCCAAUUUGUAGUUUAUAUAUGUAAAUAUUUUCCUGUGUCACUUUAGUUUUUUUGUAGAAACAUUUGUAAGCAUUUUUCGGAACACGCUGUCUUUUCUCUAGUUGUGUUUUACAUUUUACCCAACUAACACACUCCAAAGACGUAUGCAUUGCACUGCUCUCUGCAGCAAUAUUGCAGUUAAUGAAGAGCUUUGAAGUUAAUGAAGAGCAUUAUUGAGCACAAUAGUCAAAACUUGUCUACAUUGGAAUGCAAAUGAAAAUAUUCGAUGUAUACUAGUAGAACCUUGCUGCUAUAUUUGAGGGCGAGGAGAUGUAAGAGAAUUUAUUCAGCUAACCAUGUCUUUUUUUUUAAACCGCUUAGGCAAGUAAAAGAGCCAGGAGCUCACCACAAGGGCAUUUAUUUUUUUCUCUCGUUGAAAAUGUCUGUUCUACAGGCAUAUGUUUUGGCUUUUUGAAAGGAGAGCUUUUUUUUUCACAUGCGUCAUGAAUCUGUCCUGCAUUGCUGGCAUGUAAGAAAUGACACAGCUUGUCAAAUCCUGCAACUGCCUGACCAGUCGCUUCUUUCUGGCCACUGUCAUUGCUGUUGGAGUCUUCAUUCUCUUGCAUUUUUAACAUUUCUGCCUCAUGUUUAGGUCAUGCAUAGGGAUGUUGCCAAUUUUCAUGUAAUUGAGCACACUUAUUCUGCUUUGCGACAGAGUAAAUGUAUAAGAGAAGUUUUUUCGCACUGGCCUUUAAAAAAAAGCUACCUAUGAGAGAAUUGUUAGGUUUGGGGGAUUGUUUCAUGGGCAAAAAUAAUGUAUGCAGGCAUCUUAUGCCAAAAGAAAUACAAUAUUCAGCUUUGCUUAGCUGCUUUGUUGCCACAGGAAAAUUACUUUUUUUUUUUCUGAGGUUCCAGAUACAUAACCAACGCUUUUGCAUAUAAUGCAGUAUGUAUUAUCAUUUGUAAAAAAAUUAAAUUACCAUAACUUGCAAUCAAUCAUUAAUAAAUAAUUUUUAAAAGGGGUUACAAAAGCAACACAUUUGUACCUCCUUCUGGAAAUAACUAAAAAUUUAUAUGUCAACAUUUGGUCAAAUUUUCGAAAUAGACCUGUUUCAUAAUCUGCAAGUGCGCUUCUGCGCUGCACAUUUGCCCGACUAAUGGCGGCACCUGUUGUGCUUCAAGUGGAGAGCAGCUCCUAGUUGCACGUGCUGGAGCGUGUCUAUUAUGAGUGUUCAUAUCAAGAGAGCCAAGUCUACAUUUUCUGCGUCAUAGCAGAAGCAAACUGUGCUUGAACACUCUGUUUACAGAAGUGACUAGCAGCCAUUAGAUGGGCUAACUGCAUUGCAGGAAAGCUAGCUUUACAAUUACGAUAUGGGCCUAUUGUGUUGCCAGGGUCAUAGCGACUGGUCAAAAAAUAAGAAAAAAAGCAGGUUUUCAGAUAUCUGGGUGACCUAUUAUGCACCUAGGAAUUUGUAAAUUUGCAUGUUAGUGAGGUUCUACUUUUGGUGUACAGAAGUUUGAAAACUUAUGGACAAACAUGUGCAUUAGAGUUAGUGACAUGCUUUUGAGCUACUUAAAUGGAGUUGUGGAGAGCAAUAGUCAUGUACACGUAUUCUUUAUUUACCUUUUUGUCAGUAACAUUGUUUGUCUGUUGUUUAAGCUAUCACUUCAAGUUUAUCUUGUAGUACAGUUUUAGGAGUCCCAUAGCAUUUUGGAGCACUGGGGUGAUGUUGGGGUUAUCGCUUAUUUUGCUCAUAUUAGUACCUAGUACAUGGGCAUUGACACACAGAUAGUGCCACUAACUUAAUUACUGGUAGUACCAUGGCACAGUUGAAUUUAUUAUAACAAGCCAGAGUAGUGUGUAAGCUAAACUUUUGGUUACAGCAGAAUGGUAAAACUAUUGCUUUUUACUGAAUUAUGGGGGCAGAACACAAUGCAUUUGUGAAAGCAAUAAAGAGAAAGAAUUACUGAUAGGCUAGAAGACAUGGAUGAUGAGAUUACUUGUGCUGUUUAGAAUACACAGUUUAUUGCUGCGAUGGCUUCUCCAGACUGAUAUGUCAUAACUAUCUUCAUUUGAUGCAUAGCUAUUUUUCUUAUGCAUUUGCUGUUUCAUGUAGCUAUAGAUACAUUCUGUGCAAUUCAUUUGGAAUUUAAUUGUAGAAAAGGUUCUUGGGACAAUAUAACUAUUCUUCUGAACUUCAUUGUGUGAAAACUGAGAGGGCUCUGUUUAAAUAACACAUAUCGACAUUACAGUUGUUUUCAUUUCUCUAGCCAUGUUUACCGAAAUGAGAAGUUUAGAGGUGGAAAACUGUCUCAAAUUUUGGUACAAGUAAUGUGUGGCAUAAAAAAAAUUUUGCUGCAGUGAAGUUCAGUUUCUUUCUUUCUUUUUUUUAUUGUGUUUACAAUUAAAACUCGUAGUUCCUAUUGUGCACUAUCAGUACUAAUGAAGUUGUGCCAUUUGUAUUAAGAGGCAGAAUGUGCUGCUUUCACUGGGCACAUUGAUCAAAACUCUUUGUAGGACUGCAGUUUUUAAAAUUUCACUGUAAAAUACCAUUUUCUGGCAAGAUUUUCUGGCAAUUGCCUCGGGUUCACUACAUAGUGCUUCCUGCCUCAUCAUAAGAAAAAGAAAGCAAACACAUGCACCACUGUCGAGCGACCUUAGCUGUAGUCUGACAGCUCAAGAAUCUAAGGGGAGCAGUAAGCUUCUCCUUGUGCAGGGCAUAUCAGACUCUCCACGUGCUCAAUGUGUACGUAGUUUUGAGAAAAUGGUCCUGCUGUGUUCAUGCACAGUAAGAGUUACAAUACUAGACUAACAUGUUCCAGUCAGGGUUCCAUGUGUAAAUGUGCCAUGAGCCACUUGGCUAGUGAACAGGUGGCUUUGCCGUUAUAGGCUGAGCGGGCUUAACUGCUACUAGAGGAAUUGGGAACGUGGCAUGUGCUGAACACUAUGAUACCAGUUUUCAAACCACUCAUUAGCCACGCAAGAUAUUGCCAUUGCUUCAGGCUGUCUCAUAUAUGUUGGAUGUAGGAGGACACUUGAAUCACCGUCACAAGUGCUGACAUUCUACAACAUUUUAGUAAAGUGAGACUGCUUUGGACAGGAAAGGAUGUGUGCAUGUAUUUGUUCACAAUUUAGUGGUCGCAUUGAGCAGCGGUUUUGUGAAAGCUUUUAAGCCUAAAAAUUUCAAUGUGGUUAAAAAAUUUAUUGUGGCGCGUGUGCGGACAUGAAGAGUGAAGAAGCCUUUUUUGAGUGGCGUAGUUGUCCAAGAAUGGCUGACUUAUGAUUUAAUGCCAAUUUCCUUUGAGGUGUACUUGCCGCUGUAUUCUUAGCACACCUGUUAUAAUAGGUUUGCUCUCAUUUGCCAUUCUACCUCUUUUAGAAAGCCUAAUGGGCACUCUGUGUGCUUUGAAUAAUGCCAUUCAAGAAACCCUGCUUAGCAGGACUUGAAAGGAAGUAAUUUCAUCCUUUGUACAAUGCAGCAGAAACUUUAUAAAUACGUAUAAUGAGAGGUCACCUUAAAUUGAGGCAGUUUUCUUUCUCGGUGUUUCUUUGUGUGACUAAUGUUUAGCAGUUAAUAUUUGACAAAUUAUUAACCUUUCAGUUCAUUUUCACAUUUCAAGUACAUCUUAGGCCCGUGACAAUUUAUCAUUUUCCAAGCAAUCUGCCGCUUUUUUUUUUUGCACCUUUACAAAAUGAAACACUCUGCAGCCCUGUUUGGCUGAUAAAUUGUUCCAAGAAUGCUUUUGUAGUUGAACCAGGAAACCAGAGUACACAGCUCUACAAAUCAACUCUUAAGUGUGUGGAUUUUGCUCACAUACCAGAUAAGAUGCAUGGAUAGGCUGGGGUAUUGUACACAAUAACUGUACCUUCACACUUUCAGAAAUGUGCCAUACUGAGUGAUGUAUGUUAUGCAAGGUAUCCUUUCUUUCCUUCUUUUUCCUGAGAGCUGUGCAUAGUGUGGCAGGGGAUUUUGUGUAUUAUUUAACUGUAUAGUUUUAAUGUGAGUGGCAGCAAAUUAAGCGGUGUGCUGGGAUUAAUCCAUUUUCCAGCAGCUAGUGCCUGAAGGCAAGAAUCCAGUCUUCUGCCUCUUUGGAGCGAGCAUGUUGGCAGCAUGGCAUGCACAGUGCUAUCAGUGAUGGUGCGUAUAAUUUGCUAAUGAGCAGAUGCAAGGAAUCGCAGCUGAUUGCCUGCAAUGGCAAGGCACAAGCGAUGUGCUGCAUCUCCCUGCUGGGUGCACUGAUGACCCCGCAUUCACUAACAAACCACUAGUCUUUCAGGGUGACAUUUGCGACAGAAGUGCCAUACAUUGAACUGCCAGUGAAGCUGUUUUAUGUGCCUCAUCUUUUGCCCUUCCUCUAUGGUGCCCUCCUCCUGUGUACCAAGUCCUGUCUUUCCUUGACGCGUGACACUGUCAGUCAAUUAGAAUGCCCACUGGACCGUUACUUUACUUUGUCUAGCUUCACAUUGUUUUAAUAUUUUAUUGCAUGGUGCUAGCACAAGCUCUUUCAAUUGAGAACAUAAGGCAAUAGGAAUUUCUUGUAUUGAAUGUAAUGCGUGUUAUUUGCUGCUUAUUGCAGAAAUGUUUGCAAUGGAAAAUAUUGUCUCCUUUCUCUUUCUUUUUAGGUAGAGUUAUAAACAUUUGGUAAUAAUUAUACUCGGUGGUUUGGGUUUGUCUGUGUCAGGGUAGAUUGUGCGGCUUAUUACAUUUUAUGUUAGGUUAUCAUGAUGAUUGACGUGUCGUGUUUUAUAGUUUGGUCUUGUUGACUUUUGUCUAAAUAUGUGCUGUAGAGAGUUAAGAGAAAAGCAUUCAUUAAAGUGCCGCAAAUUGUCCUUAGACGUGAGGCCACAGAAUGAACAAAAACUAUUUAAAAAAAAGUGAUAUUGGUUUAAAACCUUCUGCUUGGCUGUUUUUUGUUUGUUUUAUGAAGCAAACUGAUGUUUCUGCACGAAAGUAAAAAGAAAAAAGAGAGAGAGAAAAUUCUCAACUGUUCUUUCUGCUGGCUCGGAAGUGCUAGCCACAGCAGUUGUAUGAAAUCCUGCCUGCACAAAUGCCACCCAUCUGAGUUUCUACUUGCAGUAUUUUUUGGGAAUGCUAUUGUUCUUAUAUUUAUACACUUGUCGUAAUUACUACUUACUAAGUGUCUGCAGAUGUAAUAUGUGUCAUUAGGCAACUUGUGGUACGAGAACAGCACUCCUGGCACCAGCUGGCCAAGGCCCUGUGCCAGACAUGUAUUCUUUCUCACAUUGCCGUCCCAAUGAAGAAGCGAGGCAAAGCACUUUCUCGACUAUUUAUUCAGAAGCUUGUGCACAUGCAAAAAGCUAUACUUCUGAUUUUAAUUAAGCUGGCAUCAAUCACUAAUGAAUUUUGGCCCCUUAUAUAUUGCUUUGUGUUCUGCACUUUUUGUGUAGUAGUAGCUGUUCUCGUCUAUGGAUAUGUGAGUUUGCAUUAGUACUGAGCUUAUUGGGUGAAACAGUGUAUGAAAAAGCUUGGAUGGCACAACAGUCUUACAUGAAACCAUUCUUUGUCUGGGACUUGUCAGUUUCUAGGGGUCUGUUCAGUGGCUAGUGUUCGGACUGCAAUUCUCAUACAGCAGCAUGUUUCAAGCGUGUACAGAAGAUUUACUGUUAUAGCAUCGUAAAUGUACAAUGUUUCCCAUUGUUAUUGUACUUUGUUUAUGCUGUCUUUUUUAUUUGCUUUCUGUGAAAGCUUCAUAUGCUAGAAACCUGUAAGAAAUGAAAUGUGUGCAUAUUGUACAUUACCGUUUACAGAUGUGUGCUAUAAUAUGACGCAUUUAGUCUUGCCUUCUGUACAAUGUAUAUGUGCUAAAUUGCUACAAAAUUUAUUGUUAUUUUAAAGCCAUGAACACCUAUGUUCCCUGUGUUCACUAGUUACAUUGCCCACAAUAAAAAUGAAAGCAGUUGAUAUCCAG